GAGAGAGAAUGUAUUUGAAUCACCAACAAGAAAAUAAAUAAACACAGUCGAUGUGCUCACAGAGUUUGGCGAUGCUCCUGUUAAUCAGAAGAUGAUUUCUUCGACAACAUGGCGGGCACACCAUUCUGGAGUCUCUGGGUGCUCUUCUUCACCACAGCCAGAGGGGAGGUUUCCUGUCCAGACGGAGGUAAGAUCCACCUGGACAGCCUACUCUGCUUUUGGCUCUCUGACACCACAUCCUCAUGGUACGAGGCUCAGGAUUCAUGUCGGAUGAUGGGGGGUGGGAACCUAGCAGCUGCUCAAAGCAAGGAGAUACAAAAUUUCAUCCACUAUCACUUUACAAAUGGAACCUCCAUGUGGACAUGGCUGAAUGGAUUGGGAGAAGAAGGUCCUGAGCAGUUUGGGGUUGGAGUGCCAGAGACUUCGGAAUGGUGGGAUAGAUUAAGAGCACAUGAAGGUUUGUGUCCUCAGAUGGCCUUGGGGAACCCAGGAAGAUGGAGGAGGACUAAAUGUGAUGGACAAUACCGCUUCAUCUGUGAAAAUCGAGUUUCUGACUCUUUACCCUCUCCAGAGAAGUACCUGAUUGGAUUGGUUCUGAUGACUGGUGUCUACACCCACACCCUGAUACAACCACUUCCCCGUUCACCUGAUACUGGACAACACAAAGCCAAGAUGCUGCUUUUUCCAGGUCUGUGGUUCAGUCAUGCUGGUCAGCUGGUGUCCGUAGAACUGGUGGUUCAGCCCAGCCCCGUCUCCUCUCUGGCCCGUGUGCAGAUCCUUAGGCCCUACUGCAGUCCCAACCACCACCUGGUACCACCAGGGUGCAGCUCUCUUCUAAAUCCGUUCAGCUGCUGCUCAGCUCAGCCACUCUGCAACACUACGGGGGGCUGCAGUGUGGGUCACUACUGGUGCCAUCUGCUGGAGGUGUGUGUGCCUAACACCCGUCCAUGCAGUCCCUACGACACUGCAGUUAUUAGCCGUGGCUUCACUUUACCUCCAAGAUACCCUGCACUUCCUCCCUUUUACCACCUGGUGGCAGACCUGCCCCUGGACAUCAACCCAUGCUCCAAGUUAAAAAGGUUAAAUAUUCUCCUUCCAGAGCGAGACAUCAUGGUGUAUCCCGAUGAUAUCGUAGCUGUGCAACACAAUCGUGACUCUGGAGCAUUUCUGCACUGCCUAAACGGUGAUGCAGCAACAAACUCCCCCUGGCGUCAAAGUUACCUGCUCCUCAGAAGGGAGGAAUGGGGAGGCUGGUGGGAGAGAGGCCUCACUUCACUCCCCAGAGGAAGCAAGUGGAUGGAUGAGGUGGUGUGUGAUCUGAGGAUACUGUAUGAAGAUAAACUCCACAGAGUAACUGAACAGGAAGAAUUUUCUGAUCCACUCACAGAGACAACCACAGCUUCUUACAUCAGGCCCCAGACACCAGGUCCCAUUCACUUCACAGUCAACAUCAUCUACCCUCAACCAGAUGAAAACAACCGGAUUCACCUCACGAUUAACAUCCCAACCAUGAUUGUUGUCAAGGCCCUGGUCGGAGAAAAAGCCACAAGCUCGUGGUCUGCUCCAGUUCUACAAACUGAAGUCCCCUUUCACCCAUCCUGUCCUGAACCUGUGGUUCAGUCCAUUCCUGACUGUAAGACCAAAUAUGCAGGCAGCAGGUUUUCCUCUGUGAUGUUUGUGCUGCCAUCACUGGGGGUUCACACACUCAACAUUAGUGUUGGACAUUCAGACAGAGUUCAGACUGUUGAAGUUCACGGCUAUGAGGCAGUGACGGGACUCACCAUAGAGCCACACGCGUGUCAGAGGACCCUCAUGUUUAUGCCACGGACAUUUACAGCCAAAGUGGAAAGUGGUUCUCAAGUCAAAUUCACCUGGAUGAUCGACAACCUGGGGGAGUUUGCACACGAAGGAGAGUCCUGCCGUGUAACGUUUGAGAAAGCUGCUGAGUAUAAGCUUCAGGUGACUGCAUCAAACCCGGUGAGCUCACAGAGCCUUCAGAUCCUCUUGACUGCUGAGGAAACCACACCGCUUACUGAGCCCCAGUUCCUGUCUGUCAGGGAGGUCAUGGCUAUAAAUGUUACACACACCUACACCUUCAGGGUCAAAGUGGACAUCGCCCUUCCUGUUGCUUUUAAGUGGGAUUUUGGGGAUGGCAGUGAGGCUGUGGUCCACACACACACUCCUUCAUGCCAGAGCACGGACGGCCUUUUGGAGAGGGGACAGAAGCAGGCGUAUGUUCAGGACUCAGUGAAUCACUCUUUUUCUUUCCAAGGGAACUAUACACUUCAUGUUGAAGUUUUUAAUCAGUUUAUGAACACCAGCUCAUCCAUGAGGAUCAGCGCUCUCCCUCAGCUCUCCAGUCUCCACAUCUUCCCUUCCACUCAGAUUCCUCUGGUGAAAGAGACUCUUUAUCUGGAAGCCGCCAUCAAACCCUCAACCCUCACUGUCCUCUACACCUGGGACUUUGGUGAUGCUUCCAAAGUGAUCCAAGGACUCCAUGAGAAGGUUAACCACAGCUUUGAAUCAGCAGGAGUUUACAGUGUCGUUGUAUUUGCCAGCAACAGUGUGAGUUCUCUUGCCGCCUCACUCAUGGUGAUCGUUAUGGAGAAAGUCUCAGGACUGACUGUCACAUUCAGCAGCCCGAGUGAAGCAGGCGCUCCGGUGGACUUCAGGGCUCAAGUUGCCACUGGCUCUGAUCCCAUUUGGGGGUUUGACUUUGGUGAUGAGUCUGUGCUGGAAAAUCUUACAGAUGGCUACAUCUCUCAUAUCUAUGCUUUUCCGGGGAAAUAUAGAGUUGGUGUGAGUGCUUCCAACGCUGUCAGCCAAGCUCGUCUAUCAGUCCUUGUUGAAGUGUACAGUCUGGCUGUCAGUGGAGUUCUCCCUACAGACUGUGUCAUGAGUGGAAAGGAUGUACAGCUGACUGCUCUGGUGAAUGGAAACGUUUCUUCUCUGAGUUUUCACUGGACUUUGGGAAAAGAUUCACUUUCAGUUGUGAUGAAUGGAAAACCAACUGUCGUGCACACUUUCCCAGCCCAUGGCAUCUUUCCCAUUCGUCUGACUGUGUUUAGUUCUUUCGCAUCUGUUUCAUUGAACUCAAGUAUUUGCGUUGAAAGCCCGAUAGCUAAUGUUGAGCUGCAGACUUCUCGGGGCGUGGUGGCAGUCCAGGAACAGGUUUGCCUCAGAGCGUUGGUUUCCCCUGAACAGACGACAGUUUACCAGUUUAUGUGGUUUAGUAGCUCGUCUGGUUUGGUUUCCACCACAGAAAACUCCAAGUGUUUCGCCUUCAGCAGUGAAGGUGAUGAAGAGGUGUUUGUAGUAGUGAGCAACAAAGUCAGCAACAAAACGGCUAAAACUAUUAUCUCCACUCAAAAACCAGUCAGUGAGCUCACAAUCACACAUGAUAGUCAGAGUGAUGCCCUCGCAGUCAAUAAGUCAACUUUAUUCUGGGUUGCCCGUGUUGUUGGCAGCAACGUGUCAGUGGUCUGGGACUUCGGAGAUGGUUCCCCUAUAGAGAAGAAACUGAACAUGUCCCAUGUCUUUUACUCAACUGGUACAUUUACAGUCACUGCAACAGCGUUUAACUCCAUCAGUCGUGACUCUGCAGCCCUUAACAUAAAUGUUCUACUCCCAGUUUCAGAUCUUUCACUUCACACUGAUCAGCUUUACGCUGUAGUAGGGCAGCAAAUUGUUAUCACAGCGGUAAGCAGUGAUAGGAGCAUCACUAACUACUAUUGGACAGUAGAAGGUGAUCCAACCGAAGAACGGACUCCUCAGUUUCAGUUUAUAUCCUCCAAACCAGGAGUGUUUGAAGUGAGGGUUACAGCUCAAAACCUGGUCAGUAAAAGAGAGGAAGCAGUUCUAAUAGAGGUUCAUGAAAUAAUUGAGGGGCUUCAGAUUGAAUGUCAAAGUAUCACAGACAAGAAAUAUAUACCAACUCAUGAGGAAAUGCUAUUUACUGCAUCAGUGAUCAAAGGGUCCAACAUCACUUAUCACUGGCUUGUUGCACAGAGAGGUGUGAUCCAACAACAGGAUGGAGAGCUGUUUCAUGUAGUGGCUGACACGCCUGGCAGGAUUUUGGUCCGUCUUAAAGCUUCCAAUAUCCUGGGUCAGGUUAUCUCUGGUGUUUCUCUUGUGGCAGUAGAACGUGUAACUGGUGCACACCUUGCAACACAAUCGAGCAUCGUAGCAACAGGGACAGCAGUAAACAUGACUGUGUUUGUGAAUACAGGUUCACACCUACAGUACCGGUGGUACGUAAACACCAACACGUCUUCACAUUUGACACACGAGCCCUUUUUUCUUUACACCUUCACUGAUCUGGGUCUUAGUUUCAUUACAGUGUCAGUUCAGAAUGUCCUCAGCCAGAGUCGUCACACCAAGCAGUUUACAGUCCAGGAGGAGAUCCGAAAUGUUGAUUUCACAAUAGAUGGAAAGAAGCGUCCUUUUUCUGUCAACGUUAGUACUUUCCUUUCUUUUCAUGGAUUUGCUCAUGAAGGUAGUGGCCUCCAUUGGACUUGGAAGGUUAAAAGUGGCAAAGAAAAUAUUUUUACCUCCACUGAUCCAACUUUUACAUUCAGACUUGUACAUAUAGGCAUGUAUCUGGUGUCUCUGAAUGUCUCUAAUGACCUAAAUUGGCAGAUGACCUCACACAGCAUCACCGCUCAGGAACCAAUCAAAGGUUUUCUGUUGAACAUUAGCAAGACCUCUUUGUGCACUCAUGAACAAGUUGUGUUUGUUCCAACGGUUACCAAAGGAAGUAAUGUGAGCUUUUUUAUAGCUCUCCAAAACAAAGACAAGAUUCAAACUCAGGAGAUUUUUGGAGAGCAGUUUGCAACAUCAAACCUUUCAUCUGGCAGACACCUGGUUACAGUCAAGGCUCUGAACCUGGUCAGUAGUGCUGAGUUGUCCAGUAGCAUCGUGGUAACUGAGAGUAUCCAAGGUUUGCAUCUUAUAAACUGUUGCUUGAUUUCACUAGAAGCUAAAAAAGGAGCCAGAUUCAAGGCUGAAGUUCAGACUGGCUCUCCUAUCAACUACACAUGGACGUUUCAGUUGGAAAACUCUGAACCUAUGUUACUUUUUGGACAAGAAGUGAACUUUACUGCACUGGAGAGUGGUUUGUUCUCAGUUACUGUGCAUGCCAGCGAUGGAGCCUGCUCCCAAACGAUCCACGAGACUGUAAGAGCUGAAUGGCCCAUUAGAAAAGUCAAACUUGUCUGUCACUCAGAAAGAAUAUUUGUUGGACAGGCUGUCAGUCUUUUUGCAACAGUGAUUGAGGGCAGCAGUGUGAGAUACCUUUGGGACUUUGGAGAUUCAACCACAGUACUGAUGACAACAGUGAGUGCUGUUGGCCAUGUGUAUAAUUCUACAGGGAAAUACACUAUUGCAGUCAAAGUUUUCAACAGUGUUAGCCACGUGUCAACACAUCUAGAAGUGGAGGUGGAGGCGCUUCGUUGCUCCAGCCCACAGGCCUCCCUGGUCCAGAAUCAACCUACCAUCUUCAGAUCCAGACUAAAUUUCUUUGAAGCAAGUGUGACCAUGAACUGUUCUGCCUAUAAGACUUCAUACUUGUGGGAAAUCUUUAGAGGGAUAUGUUUAACGAAUGGGACCAAAGUCUGCCUAAGUGACAAGGAUGCUGCCUUGCCUCUUCUCAUUCUUCCAAAGCACUCUCUUCAUGUUGGAGAAUACUGCCUGCAGCUCACUGUGUCAUUCAAGGGAACUCCUCUAGCUGUCCAGCAGGAGACUAACAUAACUGUGGUCCACUCCCAGUUAGUGGCUGUCAUCCAGGGAGGCUCCAGUAGACUCUGGCCUUAUGUCAGGGACUUGGUUCUGGAUGGCUCUGGGUCUCAUGACCCAGAUGUGGAACCUGGAGUGACUGAUACACUGCAGUAUCACUGGACCUGCUUAAUCAAGAACUCCACAGAGUCUCCUCCAGUAAAGCUGCCCAUUGAGAGCACGGACACGACGAUGACUGUACUCAGCACUCAGCUGCACCCAGGAACCCUCUACAUAUUCAUCCUCACGGUCCACAAGAACGGGACGAGAUCCACCUCCGUCAAUCAGACUGUAACUGUGGCUGAAGCUUCAGUGCUUCCUGUGACUGUAACAUGUGUUUCCUGUUCUGCCAGUUCCUCCGUUCACCACGUUGGUCCCACCACUCCUGCUGUUCUUAAAGGAGUUUGUGGACAGUGUGAUCAUCAGACUCUGUACAAAUGGAGAGCUGAAGACCAGAAUGGCAUGACCCUUGACCUCAGUGAUAUCGCAACCUCUACAGGAACACAUUCGCCCAGCCUGGUGGUGCGUUCAGGUGUCCUGCACCCUGGUCGCAGUUAUUCCUUUUUCCUGAAUGUGUCCCAGUCUGGCAGCAGGUGGAGGGGGGGUGCAAGUUUAACCAUAGAGACAAGCCGUUCACCUCGAGGUGGAGUAUGUGCUCUCAGUCCUGAAUCAGGCAUACGUCUGCUGGAGACAGUGGUCACUUACAACUGUUCAGGCUGGCACGAUGAUGAAAGCAAGGCCUCUCAGUUAAUAUACACCUUCCAAGUGGCACCAUGCUGGCCUGUCGGCACUGCGUGUCCCAUGUUAACGCUCUACAGGGGUACUCGCACAACAUUUGGCUGCUUGGUCCCCUUGGGAAGUCCUGGAGAGCUACAAAACAUAACAAUCAUCACUGUUACUAUCAUGAUAGAAGAUCAUCAGGGGGCAAAGGUCACAGCUCUAAACAGAACACUGGUGGUUGAAGAUCUGCCCAGUAGCAAGACUAGCAGUGGAUGGCUCGGACACAAGAGUCAGAUGGAACUGGUAACUCUGGUCCAACAUGGCAACCCUCAGGAGAUCAUCCCAUACUCCAUUGCUCUCAUCAGCAAGCUCAAUCAGAUGAAGUCUGGUGGUACCGCGGAGGAGCUGAGAACCAGGAGGGAGAUCCGGGAAAGCGUGUCCCGGGCUCUCGCCUCUGUUCCGGUGUCCUCCUUACAGACUGUUGAGCAGCUCAGCUCAGCACUUACACUGUCCACUGUUGUUCCUGCUGAGAUGGUAUCUGAGGGCUGCCAAGAGACAGUUUUGGCAGCAGUGGAGACGAUGAUUAGAGUGGUAGAGCACCAGAUCUGUCCUGUAGGUUUGACAGCUGUAGACCUGGGAAGAAACCUCCUGGAUAUUCUAGGUAACACACUGGCUGCUGUGUCCGAGUCCAGCAGAGCUUCCAGUUCUCAUCAAACCCACUCAGGCUCUCUGAAGGCAGCUUCAGUGGUCACAUCAGCGUUGACUCAUGCUGGAGCCUUGAUGCGUGCACUGAUGCAUUCUCGUGUUCUGAACGAGGAACCUCUGUCAUUCUCCAACGGUUACAUCAGAACAGCUGGUUUCUUUGGAGACCCUUUUGGCCUCCUUUGUUUGCACCAGUCAAACCAGUUCACCGAAAAUCUGAUGAAGUCACACUCAUCAUCAACUGAAGGGUUUAAGAGAUGCCCAUUUCUAAUCCCCGCCUCUCUUAGCGCUCACCUGAAGACGCAGAGUUCAGAGGUGGUGCAGGUGCUGCUCGGAAUGGAUGCGAAACUGGAGUCUGACCCUUUUCUUGAUGCGGCCAAUCCUCCCAUCUCCACCACCCUGGUCGCCAUGGAGCUCAACAGCCCUCAAGGUCGUCCCCUACCAAUCCAAGACCUGACCCCUGAGCAAGCCAUUCAGAUCACACUUCCCAACAAAUACCUUGAAACACAGGAUGAAAGAGGCAGAAAUGGGAAAGUACAGGAAGCUGGAAACAGGACGUGUCCCACAGCAACACUGGCCAAUGCAGGACAAGUGAAUUUCACUGUCAAGGUUCCAGAUAAUCUGGAUGAAAAUGCUGGUUUAUACAUCUCCUUCAACUUCAGCCUGGCUCCAGGAGGCACUCCAGUGAGAAUGGGACACAUCAGAGUGGAAGUCAUGAUGGCGGUGCCAGGGACUAAUGCAUCCCAGGAUUCCCUUGUGAGACAGUGGGCUCUCACGCUCUCUGCUGUCACCGCCUCCUCAGAGGAAACCAUCUUUCUGUCUCCACUUCUGAAUGGAACGGAUAAGCCUAUCUCUGUCAGCCUGGCUCCAUCUCUGAACGGUACCGGGCCUGUCCAGGUGGCGGCAUGUGUGUUCAGCUCUCUGUGUCGGUACUACAAUGUGACAGAAGGGCGGUGGAGCAGCGAGGGCCUUCAGCCACUGGAGGGCAGCACACUGCACGCAGCACGCUGUCUGACACAGCACCUCACCAUGUUUGGGGCCAGUGUGUUUGUCCAUCCGGGUUCUGUAAUUCUGCUGCCACCAGCUGACGGGCCCAUGCAGAACACGGUUGUAGGGAUUGUGUGUGCUGUCCUGGUUAUGCUUCACCUGCUUGCGGGGCUCAUUGCACUCAAAAUGGACCAUUUGGACCGCUUAAGGCUCAGCCAAGUCCCUCUGUGUGGCCGAUCAGGACUGUAUCAGUACAGAGUGCUGGUGAAGACUGGCUUAAGGCCUGGCGCAGGAACCACAGCACACGUUGGCAUCAGUCUGUUCGGAGUGAGCAAAAGUGGUUCUCACCAUCUGCAGAAGGAGGGGGCUUUUCAGCGGGGCGGCCUGGACCAGUUUCAGGUGGAGACAUACGACAACCUUGGAGAGAUUUGGAAGAUACGCAUCUGGCAUGACAACACAGGUUUGGACCCAUCUUGGUACAUUAAGCAUGUGGUAGUGUGGGACCCUUUAUCAGAUCACAUGUACUUCUUCCUGCUGGAGGACUGGCUCUCUGUAGAGAACCAGAAGAACCAAACUGUGGAGAGGGAAGUCCUAGCCUCAUGUCCAGCAGAGCUCACCCAGUUUCCACGAGUCCUGACCUCCCAGCUGAUAUUUGGGAUGGCAGAGCACCACUUGUGGCUGUCAUUGUGGGAGAGGCCCAAUCACAGCAGUUUCACCAGGGCUCAGAGGGUGACCUGUAGUGCCCUUGUGCUUCACCUCUACCUUGCUCUGGGUACUCUGUGGUUUGGGGCGGUUGGGAUUGCAGGCCACAGUGGUCCUGUAUCAGCCCAUCUGCUGGUUAACAGGGAGACGGUUGCCAUGGGGAUGAGCAUUGCCUUGCUGGUUUUUCCUCUUCAGUGUUUCCUCUGUUUCUUGUUCAGAAACGUUUACAGCCAGGUUACUUUAGACAGCUCAGCCCCUCCCUCUCUGGUUUGCCAAUCUGUGGAGAUGGACAUCUGGGACAGCCAAUCACACAUCUCCAGCACCUCCUUUGUGUCUCCUCAAGAUUCUGAUUGUCUUUCAAGAAGUCCUUCAUCUCUGCUGGAGAGUAAAGAGUUAGACUCCAGUAUCAUGAACUUCUGGACUUCCUCUGGCUUGGUGCCCCUGAAAGAAAGACCAGAUCGACUAGGUGCCUUGACAUGGCAAUCACACGACAGCCUCCUCUGUUCGCUUGCAGGCACAUGUCCCACCAAGGAAGCCAUGUGCAGAACUUCACCAGCUACACGCCAGCUGAAGCGUAAAAAGGCCAUAAUCCAACUCCACCUGGCCUUGCCACCACAUAAUGAUGAUGCUCUCCAACGUGUGUGUUCUCCAUGCUCACAAUCACUGACUGAGGACAGUUACCAUCUCCACAAGGCUCUUGUACAAUCAAGCCCAAAGUCUCUGCAUUUCAAUUCCAGCCCAGCUCAAGUUUACAGGUCCAAACAUUUAACACUGUCUGAGGAAGAUCUACUGAUGUCUGUAGCAGCAGAGGGCACGUCAGAAGUCAUCAACAGCAACUCGGACAGUGGUCGAGACUCCCCAAGAACCACGUCUUCCUUCUCAGCCUCGCAGGGCGACUGGUCAGACGAACGGAGCUCUUCAUCUUCUCUAUAUGGAGGAGAGGCUGAACAAUCUGACUCUGAGUUGGAUUCUUCAUCGUAUGGCACGGGAUUCUAUAAGUGCUCUUCUUUGCAUUCAAUGGAGUCAUUGGCUAGCACCUUCCUACCACAACCUUUGCAGGAAUCCAUUCACCCCUCUUCUACCACACGCAUUGGUGUUGCUCGAGGUCGGCCCAGAUGGCUGCUCCCAUCAUGGGUUCUGCAUGUGGUUCACCCCCUCAUGGCUUUGCUGGUAGUCGCCUGCCUAGCAGUGGUGGGACUCUAUGGAAGUCUCUUCUCCAGAGCAGUGGUGAUCAUGUUGCUGGUCUCGGUGCUCGCUGCCUUUCUUACCUCCGCUUUGCUGCUGGAGCCUCUAAAGGUUUGUGUUCAGGCCUUGACCUGCACAUUACUAUGGAGGUCUGUGGAUCCAGAAGUAGAAGAACUGUUGGCUCAGGAGGCCAUGGUGGUCAGAGCAUCAGCAGAAUGUGGCGGUAAUGUCAGACCACCAUGUGGCUACGGACUGCUGCAGGCAAAACAAGAGGCACGCAAAAUCCGAGCUCUGCAUUCACUUAUGAGGCACUGUGUGUGUCAGCUGGGGUUUCUGCUGCUAGUGCUGAUGGUGAACUACCAGGACAGAAUAGAGCAGAGGCAGGCCAGCCUGCUGCACUCAGCUAUCAGGCAGCAUCUUCACUCAACACAUCCAGGAUCCCCUAACCUCACCUCGCUCAGAGACUGGUCUGAUGCAGAAUGGUGGAUCGGUCACACCCUGAUUCAGCACCUCCACCAAAACCCCACGCUGGACCUUGUAGGGUUACCACAGGUGCGGUUCACACACACACUCGGCGCCUCGGCGGUUGAUCUCUUAGGAAACAACAGUUCAACAACACAGCAGCUCCUGACCGACCUGCACAUGAGCAGGAGACGGUUUAAAUCUCUCUCCUUAGACUUCACACACCACCACAGAGCGUCUGCGUUGUUCCUGUGUGUGUCCAUACGACUAGAGCUGACCCAAACACAAGGCGUCUCCUCCUUCCUCACCAUCCACUCCCUCCACCUCCCCUCCUCCGUCUCUGGACCCAGCCUUCAUGUGGUGCUCACGAUUUGUUUUUGCACCUCAGCUCUUCUCAUCGUGUUCGGGGAGCUCUGGUCCAUGUUGACGGAGCGUGCUCGGUACUUCUACCAGUGUCGUCACUGGUUCCAGCUGCUGUUGGCCUUCGUGUCACUGAUGACAGCUUUCCUUCAGCUCUGGUUCCUGUCUCUUGCUUCUUUGUGUGUUUCUGAGAUGCAGUCCAUGCAGGAGAGUUUCAUAGACUUCCACAGUGCUGCCCUGCUGGCUUACAGGUCUUCUCAAUGCGCUGCUGUCCUGCUCACUCUUCUGGCUCUGAAGCUGCUGGGAACCUUACGGUUUGUGCGGAGGUGGGUGAUGAUGGGAAGAGUUCUGCAGAGAGCCUCUAGGGAACUGUGGGCUGCGGCUGUCCUGGUGGUGCUGCUGCUUCUGAUCUGCAGUCACCUCGGAAACAUGCUUUUUCACCAGUCAGUGGAAGGCUUCCUGUCAGUGGAACAAACCUGGGUCUCAGUGACGUCCAUGCUCCGUAGCCGGAGGGUGCUCGGACAACUCUGCAGGGUCCACCCGGUGCUGGGACCCCUCUACGGGCUACUGGUGUACGGAGGCAGCAUUUGGCUCCUGGCUCGACUCUGUGGAGCAGUUCUCAUCCAUGUGUACAGGGAAAAGCAGAUGGAGCUGCUUCAUUCAACCAUUGAACCUCAAGACUAUGAAAUGGUGGAGUUCUUCAUCAAGAGACUGAAGCUGUGGAUGGGACUCACCAAAGCUAAACAGUUCAGACACAGUGUGAAGUUUGAAGACAUGGACACCCCGCCUUCCAGGUCCUCACAGGGGUCUGCUUUCUCCACCCUGUCUUCCUCCAUUCCUUCAUCUUGUUCUCCUUCUCUGUCAUCCUCAUUCCCAUCCCUGCAUCCACCAUCGUCAGUCCUCUCAGUCACGUCUGAGGACUUCCUGGUUUCCAAACCGAAUCAAGAAGUUCAGCCCUGCCUGGAUGGUCUGGAGCCUAUCGUCAGUAUGCUGCUGUCCAGUUUUGAUCGAGUCAGUCAGCUAACGGAAGACAUUUACAACCUGGAAGUUAUGUUACAUGAAGCUCAGGAAAGACAGAGGAAGAGAAGGACAAGCAACAGAAUGGAAAAUGAAAGGAUAGACGUGGAGUCAGCAAAGCCAAAGGAACCAAAAGAAGAAAAUGUACCAGCGGAAGUUAGACACAGGAAGAUUGGUCUUCUUUACCCAAAGUCACGAAUUUCACUUCCAUCUCUGUCGACCUUCUCCCCCUUCACCACCCAGAGCUCUUUCACUCCACCCUUUUGUUUCCCCCGUGUGCGAAGCUCCUACUCAGAAUCAGAGUCAGCACCAUUACAGUCUCAGCUUUUCAAGUCAAGCAAGACUUCACCUGGUGUACCUACACCCAUGCCUGCACAAAAUAUCUCUUGUUUCAAUUCAUAUUCCACUGGUCGAUUUCCCAGAAGAAGAGCAUGGCAUUCUGGGAGCUCUCAUUCGGCUGAUCCUGCUCAGAGGACCUCCCAGUCCUCAGUAGUUCCCCUUUAUGGAGGAGAAACCUUCUCCUUCUCAAAUGUCAGGGCCAGAAGUAAAGAGGAGGUACGGAGCUGCAUGUGUGAUAGGCUGCAGCUGAAGAGGAAGGCUUGGAUCUCUGAAGGACCAGAAAGGGAGGAAGACUAACACAGGAAGUCAACCCCACACAAACAGCCGUGACGGACUGUCUAAUGUACUCGGCGGGAUUUUGGUAAAAUGUCCAUGUUACACACCAAUUUACUCAGUAGAGAUACUUUGUGUGUUUAUUUUUAUAAGUUAUGUAGAGACAUGUAUUCACUGAUAUCCCAUUCACGGUACUUUAUAGAGAGCACAGCUUUAGGUGGGAUCAGUGGUAGAUGUUCUAGUCUACAGCUGAAUAAAGACGUGACCAUUUGGUCUAGAAUUACGAUAAGUAAUAUCUAGUUUCUGUCUUGUUCAAAUGAAGGUUGUGAUCCUUUUGAGGUGUGCUUCUGUGUGAAAGCUGAAAACAAUAUCUCAUUCAUUGCUUCCAGUAGAGCCUCCAGUUAGAGGAAGAAGAGAGUCAGUCCAACAGGAUUGAUGCAGACAUCAUGUAUGCACUGAGAUGGUUGGUAGCCAUGUUUGUUCGAUGAGAGAAGGUGGAACAGCUGGUUGUGUCAGUCACAGUCAUCUUAAAUCAACACUCCAUCUCUGUCCCUCAUCACUAAACACUAUGGUACUGUGUCCAUGGUAGACACAUCCAGGUAAUCCCAUCGCUUGGGACCUGAAAUGGUCUACCUUCAUAGAUGGAAUCAUUAAAAGGUUCAGUAGUGGAUCCUGCAGCAGCUCAAGAUGUUAAACCUGACUCAGGAAUCUGCCAGUUCAUCAAGUUCAGGGUUGGCUCCAACACAAAAUGAAAGCAGAAAAAAAUGGCAGAGGAUUCUUGAGAGUGCAGAGAAGAUCUGUCCUCUACAAGAUCUAGUGUUGUCUAGAGAGAAAAAAAUCAGCAAGUGACAUAACAAACAAACACUGCAGCAGCCCAUGGCCUUCGGGACCUGUCCUGCAGACAGCACGAUUCAGCUCUAUGGCCGAUCAGCGCCCUGGACAGCGUGCAGUCCUCCUGUGCUUCCCGCGUCUCCGACGCCACAGCUGUAGCCACUGAAGCCUGAUUGCAUUCAGGAUAAGAGGCUGAGGCUGACAGAUGUUCAGGGGCUACAGAAUAAUUUCUGUCAGUCCCCUGAUCCUCGAGAUCCAGCCAUCGAACGAUUCCUUAUGAGUGUGGAUAGUUUUGAUGAAUUAGAACUCAGAAAAAGUUUGAGAUUUCUUGUUUAUUUCCUUGAUUGUUUAAACCGAUGUGCUAGCUUGCACUUAAGGGAUUUACAUUUUGAAGAUCUUGUGGCCCCUGGAUUCACAAUGCAAUAUAUAUUUUGAACAAAUAUGUUUCGAGUGUUUUUUGGGAAAUCAUACACUAGUGUGCCUGUGUGUUUUCAUACUUUUUGUGACUAUUUUCGGUUUCCAUAAAAAAAAAAAUCUGUUCUCUCCCAAAGUCUAAUAAUGCAAAAUCCUAAAAAAAAAAACAAUUUAUAUGUUCUUUUAGUGUGUGGUUCUUCACAUAUAAAUGCACUUACUGCUCAAAGCAUUUGACAAAUAAUCAGAGGAGAGAUUUGUCCAUGCUUUUAGGAGUGGUAAGGGUUGGGGUGGUGGUGGGAUUUAGAUGCUCGCUUUCAUCUACAUCAAAGCUUUGCAGCAGCUAAAUAAAUACUGAAUGUGCUGCAGAAUUUUAAAAGUUACCGACAUGUUUACUGUUACAUAUUGUAAUGUCAACAAGUAUAAAUGUCACGGCUGCCAGCCUGAAGAGGGAAAAAGCAGCCAGGAUCACCCAGCUCAUGGUGAUCGGCCGGAUACCGCCCCUCCUCCUCCUCCCUUCCAGGCUGCUGAGGAGCACAGCCGAGCUGAAUCCGUCUGAUGUCCAACACCUGGGAUAAAAGAGCUGUGCCUUCAGCAGUCUGAGAGACAGCAGUGCAGGGGUUCUGCUGUUCUCCAUGAUUCGUUUUGUUUUAACCCCUUCGUUUGAUCAUUCGCUACUUCGUUUUGAUGAGUUUAACUUUUAAAGUUUAAACUCUUGAGUGGUCCUGUGGGAUCUUGUGUUCGUGUGUUCGUUUGUUUUAAAGGUUAAUUUUGUUUGUGGAAUAUGAUUGACUUCGGUUUUAAACACCUUCGUUUUAACCAGGUGUUUUAAUAGUUAAUCAUUCGUCUUUUAAUGUUAACCUUUUCGAGAGUUUGGGUGUGUUGCAUUAUCUUUAUAAUGCUCAUCGUCUGUUUUGCUCGUUUUUAGAACCUUUUUAUAAUAAUAAAACCCUUUUAAUAUCCA